UCUCGCGAGAGCCGGCGGUCCUCGCGAGAGCGGCCGGCGGGGCGCCCUUUCCGGGAGCCAUGGGAGGGCUCUGGCGGGCGGGCUGGCGGCACGCCGCUCUCCGCGGUGGGCCCUGGCGCCCCGCCGGGGCCCUGUGCCGGCCGGCCGAGUGGAGCCGGGGGCCCGCGGCCGCCGAGACGGGGCUGAGGCGGCUCGCGACGUGGGCGUGGGGGCGCCCGAGCGUGCGCAGGGCGCGCUGCCCUUUGCUGCUGCUGCUGCUGCCGCCGCGGCGGCCCAAGAGCACGAACCCGUUCUCGCGCGCGCAGGAGGAGGACUGGCGGCGGCGCAACCGGACGGUGCUCACGUACGUGGCCGCGGUCGCCGUGGGCAUGCUGGGGGCGUCCUACGCCGCGGUGCCCCUCUAUCGGCUCUAUUGCCAGACUACUGGACUUGGCGGAUCAACAGCAGUAGCAGGUCAUUCAUCAGACCAGAUUGAAAACAUGGUGCCUGUUAAGGACCGCAUUAUUAAAGUCACCUUUAAUGCCGAUGUGCAUGCCAGUCUCCAGUGGAACUUUAGACCUCAGCAGACAGAAAUAUAUGUUGUGCCAGGAGAGACUGCACUGGCGUUUUAUAGAGCUAAGAAUCCAACGGAUAAACCAGUGAUUGGAAUUUCUACUUACAAUGUUGUACCAUUUGAAGCUGGACAAUAUUUUAAUAAAAUACAGUGCUUCUGUUUUGAAGAACAAAGGCUUAAUCCACAAGAGGAAGUAGAUAUGCCAGUGUUUUUCUACAUUGAUCCUGAAUUUGCUGAAGAUCCAAGAAUGGUGAAUGUUGAUUUCAUCACUCUUUCUUACACAUUUUUUGAAGCAAAGGAGGGGCACAUGCCCGUUCCAGGAUAUAACUGAAGUUAGCAACAAAGACAUCUUCAGAUUUGUGAUUUUUGGAAAAUCAUGUAUCUUGUCUUCUCAGCAGAGAAAUACUCUACAAUAAUGUAAACACAUAUUUAAAAUAUUUUUUCCUUAUCUGAUACCUAAAACUGACAGCCUUUUUAUGGAAUCCACAUGCCUAUAGACUGUGUGACUGUUUAAAAACCAUACUUAGUUUGAUAAGUAGGAUUAAAAGAAGCUUUCUUAAAUAUAUAGGCAUAAACUUGAUGGUUCAGUUAAAUUGGCUGUUCCCUUCCGUAUUUUAAGUCCUUAAUGCUUAUAAAUAAUAAAGCAGGCCUUUUUCCUUCAGUGCCAGGUUAUUUUUGGCUCUAAGUCAGAAAUUUUGAUUAUUUCUAAAAUAAUUUAUUUUCUUUCAUUGAGAAUAAUAACUAUUUUUAAAAGUUCAAGAUGAAAGAACAACCACUAUGCCCUUUAUGAGUAAGUUGAUACUAUGAUAUCAAAGUUUGACUGUAUUUUUCCUUUAGGAUCCAAUGUUGUUUUAUAUUCAGAGCACUGAAUUUCAUUGUUAUGAAAUGCAAUGUCAUGAAAUUAAAACAAAAUGUCUGUGUCCGAGAUGUCUAGUAACUUUUCCUGUAAUACUACGUUCUAGAAUGUUAAAAUAUAAAUAUGG